CGUUAUUCCUCCCGGAACGUUUUAAUCCUCGCUUGUUUUCACGGGAACGUGCGUCAGUCGAAACGGCCCCCUUGUUGGUUGUAUAACGUGUGCUGGGGAAAAUGGAAGAAGCCCUGCUUGCCCUCCCAUGGGUGCCAGUGAAUAUCGCUGGCUCUGAUCUCCUGGCUAAAGCCUGGUUCGGUGACACACAGUACCGGGUUCUGCUGAGUGACCUGAGCUCUGUGUGGGAAGAAGAAAUGAAUGCAGACGACAUCCAGAGUCGAGCACAGGAUCUGAAUAAGCGUCUAAGGGCUCCAACACAGGCUUUUUUCUCUCAUCUGUGUUCUGUGGCACGGCCUUCUUUCUCCAGCCAAGGUGAAGAUCCGAUCUCUGCUGCACACGUUGCUCUUGAAAGGCAUGGCGACAAUCUAACAGUCAAACUCAAAAGUGAGCUGGCCGGGCUGCCGUUCUACUGGGAGUUCCGCUGCACCACAACACCUGUAGCCGUGGUGUGCAGGCAGCUGGUGCGCCCCCUGCUGGCGGUGAGUAGAGUCCUGCAGCGGCAGGUGGAGGAUCUGGCUGUUCUUCUGGCUCGGAAGGAUGCUGAAAUACAGGACUAUCGGGAGAACGGAGCUGUCCUGAGUAGAGCCAGACUACAAACAGAGGCGUUUGACGUGCACCAGCACAGGGAGAACUUCUUCACACAGAUUGUUCCACAGAUUGGUGUGACGCUGGACAGUUUGGGUUUUGACUCCGAGAUGCAGGCCCUGUACAUGGCCGUGAGCUCGGGGGAAACGGGUCGGAAACGCAAACGCUCUCCUUACAGCAGCCCUGCAGCAGAAGACACCCACGUCGCUGAACAUCACGCACCUGAUCACCUACCAAUCGCAGGUGUGGCGUCUUCACUGGCUUCUCAAGAACAGAAUAAUGUCAAAGGAUCAUCAGGAAGACCUCUGGUGGCAGAUAGUAAACAGGGUACCGACUGCUACAACUAAUGCUUCAAAUAAAGAAGACAAGACAAGAAAGUCACUGGAUUUGGCAAGGUUUGUGGCAUUAGAUGUUCAGACUUUAGUUUGAGGUCCUUACUAGGAAGUAAAUGGGAUAUCCUUGAGCACAAAUGUAUGUUCUGCUUCAUUUUCCCGGUCAUGUUCCAUAAAAUCAUCUGGAAAUUCUGACCACAAACCCAACAUGCAUUUUCCUCUAUUUUCUUUGGGUUUGUCUGUGCCUUUGUUUUGAAUAAGCUACCACUUUGUUUCACGCCGUUCUAUUAUCUUAGUCUUGUUCAUUUAUCCAUCCCUAAACAUGACAUGUAAAGCCAAUUGUGGUUACUUGUUUUACCUGUUAGCCAGAUGCAUCGUAAUCUGUGAAGUGGACCAGACAGCAUGCCAAUAGUACAGUCUCUGCAAGACUACUUUAAGACCUGCUGAAUUGAAUAUGAAGUACAAAAUGCUUUAAAUCUAGUUGUAGACUGACACAAGAUACGUUUUACUGUAUUUUUGCUGUCCACAGAUUAUUUUCUGAUGCCUGGCCAAAAUACUCUCUAAUUAAAAUGUAUUCAGCAAUACCAGUAACAUCUUCGAGCUGUCAACAGUGUGGU